UUUUAAAACAAACUUGCGUGGGGGAAUCGUUACUUCCUUAUCUAAAAUGGCGGUGGGAGUGGCAAUGGCAGCGAGGCUGAAACUUGUUUCACUGCCAUCUUCUCUCCGCUCUCAUCGUUCCUCGCUAUCGCCAUCUUCUUCCAGGAAUUCCUCUGCCGCUCCCACAAUAUCCGCAUCUCAAUUCACCACCACCACCACCACCACCACCAGCAGCAACCCUAAUUUCAAACUCAACAUGCCAUGUUCUUCUUCAUCAUCACCUUCUUCUUCUGCUACUGAUGGCAAAGUUAUCGAUUCGCAUCUCCAUGUCUGGGCAUCUCCACAAGAGGCUGCUGCAAAAUACCCUUACUUUCCAGGCCAAGAACCCACCCUAACAGGGCACCUCGAUUUCUUGCUCCAGUCCAUGGAAGAAGCAGGAGUAGAUGGUGCGCUUAUCGUCCAGCCGAUCAACCAUAAAUUUGAUCACUCUUAUGUGACCAGCGUAAUUAAUAAGUAUCCCAACAAAUUCGUUGGUUGUUGCCUAGCAAAUCCAGCAGAAGAUGGAAGUGGAAUUCAGCUGCUGGAACAUCUUGUAACGAAGGAUGGAUACUCCGCUGUUCGCUUUAAUCCAUACUUAUGGCCAUCAGGUCAAAAGAUGACAAAUGAGGUGGGGAAAGCGUUGUUCUCUACUGCAGGAAAACUUGGGAUUCCUGUGGGUUUUAUGUGCAUGAAGGGUCUAAGCCUUCACGUUGAAGAGAUAAAAGAGCUCUGCACAGAGUUCCCUUCAACCAAUGUUCUGCUUGAUCACUUGGGUUUCUGCAAACCACCCGAAAAUGAAGAAGACAGUCUUGCAAUUUCCCAGCUUUUGGAGCUUGCAAGUUUUCCCCAGAUAUAUGUGAAAUUCAGUGCACUAUUUAGGGUGUCAAGAAGGCCAUUUCCAUACCAAGAUUUGUCCCACCUCCUCUCUCAAAUUGUAUCCAGCUUUGGAGCUAACCGCAUAAUGUGGGGGAGUGACUUCCCAUUCGUCGUUCUUGAAUGCGGAUAUAAAGGAGCAAUUGAUGCAGUAUCAGUAUUAGCCAAUGAAAUCUCUCUUUCUUCCACCGAGUUGGAGUGGAUUAAAGGCAAAACUGUAGCACAUCUGUUUCAAAAUCGAUGGAUAUCUUAAUCUAACAGUCUCAAUGGUGUACAAGGCCCCAAAAAACACACGUUCCAGCUCUUUCAAUUAGCUGGGGGAUUCUGAAUAGAACAGUGUAACUUGUCCUUCCAUUUGUGCUUGUUUUUGCAGAUUCUUCCGAUUAGUGCAAAAGAUAAUUUCAUAUGAUGA